CUGAUGCAAGAACAUUGGUAGUGAUUUGGCAGAUUUGGUUUGGUGUGUGCACACAAAACAAAACACAACCUGGGAAAGAACACAUCACAAUUUCACUCUAUUUAGCAAAAAUCAAACCUUCUCAAACUAAAACUACACUUCAUCUUCUUCAAUAACGAGAUGUCGAAUAUAGUACGCAGAGGCAUCCAUUACAUGCCAGCACUAAAUGCAGCAAAAGUAUCUGCUGCUAUGCUAGAGAAAGGCCAAAGUGGUGUCAUAGAUGCUUCACUUACACUUAUUCGAGAAAGAGCAAAGCUAAAGGGAGAACUUGUGCGUGCUUUGGGAGGUGCUAAAGCAACUUCAACUCUUCUUGGAGUUCCUUUGGGACAUAAUUCAUCAUUCCUACAAGGACCUGCAUUUGCACCUCCUCGCAUUAGGGAAGCCAUUUGGUGUGGUAGCACAAACUCAACAACUGAAGAAGGCAAGGAGUUACAAGAUGCACGGGUUCUUACUGAUGUUGGUGAUGUCCCAAUUCAAGAAAUUCGAGAUUGUGGGGUAGAUGAUCACAGAUUAAUGAAUGUAAUUGGUGAAUCAGUGAAGUUAGUGAUGGAUGAGGAUCCAUUACGCCCCUUAGUUUUAGGUGGUGAUCACUCAAUAUCAUUUCCAGUUAUCCGAGCUGUCUCUGAGAAGCUUGGAGGACCUGUUGAUGUUCUUCAUCUUGAUGCGCAUCCUGAUAACUAUGAUGCCUUUGAAGGAAACAUUUAUUCACAUGCUUCUUCUUUUGCUCGAGUCAUGGAGGGUGACUAUGUUCGACGACUUUUGCAGGUUGGUAUAAGAUCAAUAACAGCUGAAGGGCGUGCACAAGCCAAAAAAUUUGGAGUUGAGCAAUAUGAAAUGCGGACAUUUUCAAGAGAUCGUCACUUCUUAGAAAAUCUGAAACUAGGGGAAGGUGUUAAAGGUGUAUACAUCUCAAUAGAUGUGGAUUGUCUAGAUCCAGCCUUUGCUCCUGGAGUGUCUCACAUAGAGCCAGGAGGUCUUUCUUUCCGUGAUGUUCUCAACAUCCUGCACAAUCUUCAAGGUGAUGUUGUCGCCGGAGACGUGGUCGAAUUAAACCCUCAACGUGAUACUGUCGAUGGAAUGACUGCCAUGGUAGCUGCUAAGCUGGUGAGAGAACUGGCUGCAAAGAUUUCCAAGUGAUGAUCUUCAGCCUCAACCCUCUCAAUAACUAAAAUGCACCUGGAGGCUGGAAGGUUAACUCUUCAGAGUGGCAUUCAAUUUUACCAUGUCUUAUUUCCAGUAUUCAUAGAACAUGGUCAAUGAUUCAAAGGUUUUUCCUUAAGGAUUAUUGGUUUUCUAUUUAGUUGUAGUUCAACUGUUGGUUUUCUAUUUAGUUGUAGUUCAACUGUUGGUUUCUUAACAGGACACUCAAAGAACGGCACCUUUUUUAAUCUU